AUGGUGGCCAAGACGCACAGGUUUGUUACGCCCAGGACGUUGUCCCCCGUGCCGGACGCUGCGGCAGCCUGGGAUAUGCCUAGGAAGGAGCUGGGGAUGGCUGGUUGCAACUCUGGCAGCUGUGACAGCAUGGUCAGCACGGCCUCCAACCACUCACAACGGUGUUUGAUGUUCUUAGAAGAAACUAUUGGCUCACUGGAUGCAGAAGCAGACAGCGGGGUCUCUACUGAUGAGACUGACUAUGUGGAGCCCUCCAAGGUGCCUGGGACGUGGCUGAAGAGAGACGCCCUUCCCCAGGAUUUGGAAAACGGGGCUCCCCCUCCAAGUGUAGGCCAGCAGCGUGCAGCUGAACGGAACAUCACUGUAGCAAACGGAGCUUCCAACAGCAAAGCGACUGUCCGCACGGUGGAGGACCCAAUAGCUAAAUCUUUGCAGGAGAUGACCAAGGAGCACAGGCUUGACCAAGCCAACAUGAGAAGCCAGAUGAAGUCCCUGGGAUCUUUGAUUAUCCAGCCUCCAGAUCCCUUCCAGGAUGACCUGGUGAGCCACGAGUGGUUACGUAGCAAUCGCUCAGAUGCCAAGAGUGAAACAGCCAAGGAGACUAAGACUUGGACUUCAGGGGGCCAGCCAGAGAAAUCCAUAUUGGAAGAGGCCCCUCAGGACCCAGAUGCCAAGCGUGGGCCUCCAACUGCACCCAAGCCAAGAAAACUGCCACCAAAUAUUAUCCUGAAAACCAGCAAAACCAGCCCAGUGCCCCUUGCCACAGAGCCCAGCCAGAAGGUAAAAGCACUGCCUCCAUCCUCGGCCGGCUCUCACCCCAGCUCUGCCAGCGACACCGCUGCUGAAAAGGCAAAUCCAGGGCACCUUGACCCCAAGGAGAGGGAGAAAGCCCGGCGGGAGGCAUUGGAGAAGCUUGGACUGUCACAGGACAAGAGGGAGCCCAGCGCUCACCUGCAUCCCCAACCAAGGGAGAUGCCAUUCCCCGUCCCUGGGGAGCCCGAGGCACACUGUGGGGCAGUGGAGAGGUCGGUGCCGGGUAUCCGGCAGAUGACCUUCAAAUCCAACACCCUGGAGCGCUCCGGCGUGGGGCUGAGCAGCUACAUGGCCAGCGCCAAGGAGCAGAGCGUCAAGACCAGCAGCUCCUUGGGCAAGAUGUCCUUCAUCGAGCGGCUUGCCCCCAGCUUCCUCAGGAGCAGCCGCCCACGGCCGGCGUCCCUUGGGGCGGGGAAGGACUUUGCUGGUCUGAAGGAGCCUGGGCAGGUGGAGCAGGAGAAGAGCAGCAAGCGGCGAUCCCACCCGCUGCAGAGCUUCCCCAGGCCGCCCCGCUCCUGCGUCAGCGUGAAGAUUUCCCCCAAGGGCGCGACCGAUGAGAACCGGCGAGAGGCACUGAAGAAGCUCGGUCUGCUGAAGGAAUAG